CCUCCUCCUCCUCCUCGGCCAUUGGCCACGCCAGGCCAGGCCACUGCCCAAAUCGACCGCUAUAGGCUGUAGCAGACGUGGCCCAAAGCGCUUGAGUUCAUGAGCGACGAGAUACUAGUCGUGCACGCGGACAAGUCAUUUCAUCCAUACUUGGGCAUCAUACUGACGGAUUAAUCAACCGCCCUUGUCUUCUCUUGUUCGCCAGGGUCCAGAAUUCCCGACUGCUAUCAGAUUCACCGUACAGAAGCUCCCAGUGUAUACACGGGGUGCAUACUAGCAUCUGAUCAGCGUGGCUAAGCUUAGGGCAAACACAUCAAAUGUACGACCUAUAAGACCUUAAGGAAUGGCAGUCGUAGCAUCAGCGCAGCCUAGUUACUACUGUCAAGAUGUCAUUGACUCGAGAGACCUCGCAUGUUCCCGGGAACAUCCUGGGCGCAUUAUGCCCGACAAGCGGCCAUAAGGGUGCUUUCCAUUGGCUUAUUUACCUCUGUAUGGAUAGUAACAGUGGUGUCAUGUUUCACGCCUCCAGGCCCAAUGAGCAGGAUCCCCAUAGCUGGGAGUUCCACACCGCUCACUGGAAGGCCUUUGAAUCCAAGAGCUGCUUGACCCUCGCUGUCAUUGGGCGCGUGGUCGACUUCGAUCCGCGCAACCCCGCCCGAGCCGUCGAGAUGAUGCGUGGACGUCUGCAGCCCAUACCGAUGGCCGUACCACCUGAAGACAAAGCGCGAGAGCCAAAAUUUACCUGUAGGGUGCGGUUCCGUGCAGCUCUGCGCCUGCUCGUGACACAUCAAGCGUUCCAGCUAUCAAACCAGGAUUCUUUCGUAGAUAGGUAUGACGACUAUUUCCCUUCAUUGACGAUCACACUACCACUGUACAUACUAAUGUAUCCGAAGCGUCAUUAGCAUCCUCAAUGAGCUAGCUCUACUGGAAUAUAAAUUUACCUUCGCACAUCGA